AUGGGGACGGCGCUUCUCCAGCGCGGGGGCUGCUUUCUCCUGUGCCUCUCGCUGCUGCUCCUGGGCUGCUGGGCGGAGCUGGGCAGCGGGCUCGAGUUCCCGGGCGCUGAGGGCCAGUGGACACGCUUUCCCAAGUGGAACGCCUGCUGCGAGAGCGAGAUGAGCUUCCAGCUCAAGACUCGCAGCGCCCGCGGUCUCGUGCUCUACUUCGACGACGAGGGCUUCUGCGACUUCCUGGAGCUCAUCCUGACGCGCGGCGGCCGCCUGCAGCUCAGCUUCUCCAUCUUCUGCGCAGAGCCCGCCACGCUCCUGGCCGACACGCCGGUCAACGACGGCGCCUGGCACAACGUGCGUAUCCGCCGCCAGUUCCGCAACACCACGCUCUUCAUCGACCAGGUGGAGGCCAAGUGGGUGGAAGUCAAGUCGAAGCGCAGGGACAUGACCGUGUUCAGCGGCCUCUUUGUCGGGGGGCUGCCCCCGGAACUGCGCGCUGCGGCGCUCAAGUUGACGCUGGCCUCGGUGCGGGAGCGAGAGCCCUUUAAAGGGUGGAUCCGUGACGUGAGGGUCAACUCCUCCCAGGCCCUGCCAGUGGACAGCGGCGAGGUGAAGCUGGACGACGAGCCGCCCAACAGUGGCGGGGGGAGCCCUUGCGAGGCUGGCGAGGAGGGCGAGGGCGGGGUGUGCCUCAACGGAGGCGUGUGCUCGGUGGUUGACGACCAGGCGGUGUGCGACUGUUCGAGAACCGGCUUCCGCGGCAAGGACUGCAGCCAAGGUCUGGCGCACCUGAUGAUGGGCGACCAAGGUAUGGGCUCUGUUCCUUUUCCACUCUGCUUUCAGUGUUUUCUUGUUCUGUAG